AUGCAGAUGUCAAUCAGGGUGUAUCAACUGCAAACAUGUCUGGACCCGGAAGUAGAAAUCGACUUGAUGUCAUACUCCGCUAGCAUGAAUCUCAAGCCUGUCAUGCACGUCACCCAAACGCCCCAUUUUUCUGCCAUGAUGCAAAAACGCAGCUUCCCAUGCAGGAUAGUUAGACAAUGACAACACUGACAAAGCACCUCAGAGCCUUGUCAUGCUGGAGCGUGAAUUGUGGCAGGAGGCGUCCUCAAGACUCGCCAACCAGCAUCACGAGUUUCCAAACCCAGACGCUUUUGCAUUUGAUAGGGAGAUGGGGGGCCAGUUGAUUUGUUAUCCGACCGCCGCAUCUCGCCAUAAUUGCGCAAACGGAACCCCUUGCUGCAUCUAUUUGCAGAAGAAACCGGACCUUCGCUUCUGGAGUCACUGUAAUUAUAACCACCGCUUUUGCAUGGAAUCACAAUCAA